AGUACAUCAUCGAGCACAUGGAGGACGACGAGCCGGCGGGCGGCGCCGCGACGUUCCCGGCGUGGGCGCUGCUCGAGUACGCACACAUGCUCACGCUCCUCGGGCCCGGCACCACGUGCCACUUCACCGCCCUCUCGCGCGCCUCGCUCGCGGCGCUCGUGCCGUUGCUCGACGCGGUCCCGCAGCCGCGCGCCGAUUUUGCCUGCCACGCCGAGGCGUUCGACGUGCUGGCGCCGCUGCGCGACGUCUGCCUGCUCGACCCGCAGGCGCCGCACGCGCUCUCGGUGCGCGACGCCGGCCUGCACGCGGCGCGCCAGGCACCCGCACAGGGCAGCUCUGCCGAUGCGGGUGCUGCCGAUGCGAGUGCUUCCUCCACUGCAAGUGCUUCCACUACUGCCGCGCCGGCCGCGUCUGUUCCCGACGGGCCCUUCACGCACUUUCUCUUCGGCGGCAUCCUCGGCGACGACCCGCCGCGCGACCGCACCGCGGCGCUGCGCCUGCGCGGCCCGCCGCGCCGCCAUCUCGGCGCCAUGCAGAUGACCACCGACACGGCGCUCGGCGUGACGAGUGCCGUGGUGGAGCACGGCCGGGCACUGGCGCUGGCGGACACGGAGCAGCACGGCCCCGGCGGAGCCUGCGAGUGGGUCGAUGCGCCGGAACUGCACUUUGGGCGCGGCGAGAGUGUCUCGAUGCCGUUCCGCUACCUGCUCGAUCCGGCGCCCGCGCCGCCGCGCGCCAAGGACGCCGGGCAGCGGCGGCCGCUGAUGCCGCCGGGCAUGCGCGAGCUGAUCCGCAGCGACCUCGACCGCGCCUUUGAGUUCUGAGCGUGCCGCGUGUGUGUCGCAAUGGCAUGCAAUUGGUCCAG